AUGGAUUUCAAGGGUUUAGGACAAAUAGAAAAAGAUUUAGUUCCAUUAUUAGAGGAAGUGUGUUCUAUUGAGUGCCAGCAGAAACGAAGUCGCAAGUUUAGGGAAUGGGCGUUCACUGCUCUGGGUAGAGUUCUUUAUUUCUUUAAGACUACAAAGUUCAAAGAUUUGAAUGACUUGGCUUGUAACGAUCUUCAAAAUUUCUGGGAAGAACUUGAGCCAUUUAGUUUUGAUUUAGCUUGGCUAGAGCCUCGUGUUCAAUCAGCCUUAGGAAUGAAGAAUUAUUUGGAGAAAGUGAAGAAGGUUGAAAAACUAAAGGAUAAUGCAGUAGCUCUAGAGUUGGAAAUUAUGAGGCUAAAGGCAAAGGUGGUCACUUUAGAGGUAAAUUUAGAUGCUGUCAGAGACUUGUUGAAAGCCGAAGACUUUGAAGAGAGAGAUUUGGAUGCUGAGCUAGGAUUUGUGAAACCAGAAACCUGUAGCUAA